CUAUGAUGUUUGAUAAUAACAAACAUAUUUUAAAAAAAGUACGUUUUUAGUUUCAGUAAAAUCUUAUAUGAAAAACAGCAUGAGAACGACAUUAGUAAUAUUCUGUAUAUUAGCCAGUUUGGUUAUGCUGGCCACAGGUUGUCACAGAGGGAAAAAAAUAAAGCCCAGGCGUCGUCAACGCAAUCUGUUUUCUCUCGAAGAAGAUGAGAAUCGACAAAUAAUUGAAUUCUUCUCAGAUUGCCUUUCAAGAGUAAUGUCAAGACGACGAAAAUCGAUCCCAACUAUUGUUAAAUUUACUGUACUGGACACAAAGUGGUUUGCUGAAGGCGAUUUGCUUUAUUGUAGUAGAAACAAAGACACCAAGGACUGUUGGAAAAAUAUGAUCACGUUCCUCAUUGACAGAAAAUCGGAGUACUACUUUCCCGCAAGAUAUUGUGUCAAAAAUUAUGCUAAUAAAAAUUUGUCAGGUCGAGGUAAAAGAAGCAUACAAAGUGAUUUUUAUACUCUUCUCGGCAUUGAGAGCAACUUUAAAAAGUUUUUAACUUUUAUAUUUGAGAAUCAAAACAAUGAUUUGUAUGACUUAGACGAUCCAUACAACGACAUAAAUUUAAUAACGGAUUUUCGACUUGCUCACCCGUUCCUCCUAAGUCCUCGCACUACUACAUCAACAACCAUCCCAACUUCAACAUUUAAAACUACGACGAUGCCAAGCACAACCAUUAAGCAAACAUUUGCAGCAGUGGAGGAAAAAAGUAAGAGAAUAAAUAGGGUUUCUCAGCGUAAUGCCCAAGUAUCUGCAACUUUAGACGAAGCUGCUGCUGAUGAUUGCGCAGAUUUUACGAAGUAUUAUCAAUGCACAAAGCAAACUGAAAGAAGGACUUCUCGAACUCAACUUGAGCAAAGUGAAGACGAACUGAAGUCAAUCUUAUCCUUUGUGUGGGAAGAUUUCUCGCGUUGCAGCAAAAACUUCGGUUUGCCUAGAAAUUCCCGAGAGAUGAAAGACAGAAGAUGUGUUGUUCACAGCCACGGAGAAAAUCAAAUGGACGGUCAAUGCAUUUCUAACAUCAUACUGGACAAAAUAGUAAUUCCGAGUUCUCCUUUAAUGCCCAUUUUAAGAACAUGCAAACGUGCCAAUGAGCCCACUUCAUUCGCUCGUGCAUUGAACGCCACUUUUCCAAUAUUGCAAAAAUUUAAAGCCGAAUUCUGCAACGGAACGUGGACUGAAUGGUAUAACACAUUCCACCCAGAAGGAACCACGGGAGAUUUUGAAACACUCUGGAAGAUACGAUUGCUGAAUAUUGAUGACGUCUGUCCUACACCCACGUCUAUCGACAUUAGAUUCGCGGAUGGAAAACCAUUGGAAAUAGUAACUGAUCUAUUAGAAAUAUCUAAAAAUGGCUUGUGCUGCGAAAACUCAAGGCAGAGUGACGGAAUAUGCAACGAUUAUGCUGUUAGAUUUUGUUGUUGAAUUGUUUGUGUAUUUACAGUAUUUAUAUAUGCUUGAAGGAUAUCUGAGACAACGAAAUUCACUGUGCGAACGUGACGAUUUACAAUAGCUUUAUAAAUUGUGCUUUGCUGGAGUUUGCAUUUCACCAUUUGACAAUCAAGCUACUUUGUAAUAUCUCCAAAAAUGGAACCCUAUUGUUCAAGCCAUACUUUUAAAAAUGUUACUCGUCCAGCCUAGAAGGAAGACUAGCUUACUGAUUUGAACAUUAUAUAUAUAUCAUUGCCUCUAAACUGUGAAAAUGUUAUUGCCACAACAAUACUCUUUGCUGCGGUUGUAUUCAGAAUAUCUAAUGUAAGGUAAGGUUGGAAAACGUGUCUAACACUCUGAAUAAAUAUAACGACCGAACUUAUUCGAAUACCAUCACUGAAUUGGCGUACUAUCAUAUAUAUCGCAGUAAAAAUCUUGUAUAUAUUGCAUGACGACAGUUCCAUACCAUUGGGUGUUGGGACAUAGAAUAUUUUCGUAAUUAAAUAUUCCAUACCAUAUUUAUAACGAAGGAUUAAAUGAAAAAAUUAUUUAAGCAGAAAAUAAA